GCUUUGCGUCGGGCAGGCGUCGUAAUCGUUUCCCGUCAUCCUGAGGACGCGCUCAGGCUGGGCCCAGAGAAGGGCUGGAGAGAUGGCCGGGGUGCCAGGCGGGGAAGGCCCGGCCUCCGAGGCGGCAGGACCGGGCGGUGUCAACGUGUUCGCCAACGACGGUUCUUUCCUCGAACUAUUCAAGCGGCGCAUGGAGGAAGCCUCUGCGUCGGGAGGGAAGGGUGGACGAGAAACGGCGAUGGCCGGAGCCGAGAAGCGGAAAGAGACCGAACCGCGGCCAGAGCCGCCCGGGGACCAAGAGCCACCGGGAAAGAAGCGGAGCGGGAGCGCCCUCAGCUUCGUGGGCAAGCGGAGAGGGGGCAGCAAGCUAGCCCUGAAGACAGGAGUGGUAGCCAAGAAACAAAAGACAGAGGAGGAGGUUUUGACAAAUAAAGGAGAUGCAUGGGCGAAAUAUAUGGCUGAAGUGAAAAAAUACAAAGCCCACCAGUGCAGUGAUGAUGAUAAAACCCGGCCUUUAGUGAAAUAACUUUUCUCUCCAGCCUGGACUGUCUGUGAUGUACAUAAUUAUUUAAAAUAUCAAAGGAUUAGUGCUGCCCCACAAGACUGAAUGCUGUCAUGGCAGCAGGAGACUUGCCAUACUUUUAUAUUUGAAAAUUUAGAACCUCCUUCACUGAUCCAUUUAUUGUUUUCCCCUUCUUCUGAGAGCUAAGAACUUUGACUUAGUUGCCAGAAUUUUAAUUUGUAACACCCUCUCUCCAAAUAGUGGAAUUGGUCUGACAUUUCUUUCCCAAAAUCAUCAGGCAACAUAUCUUUGCUGAUAAACCUUCAGCUUUGAGCCUUUGCUUAACAUUUUCUGUACCCCUGAACUUUCUACUAUAGGACAUGCUAAGAAGCACUCUUUAUCAAAUUCAGUACAUCUUACUGCUGAAGAUAAAUUUAAGAUAUGGUUACAAAUAGUCAGUCAGUACUGCAGACUGUAAUAAUUCCAGAGUUUGAAGUAAUCUCUCUCUCUUCACUAUGAAAGACAAAUGAAUCUGGAUCCCUUGAUACGUUUAAUGUCUGACUGUUCUGUAGUUGCAUUUAUGCCCGUGUUGUUCUCUCCCUACUCCAAUUUCACUGCAUAUUGCAGUGAAUUAUGGAGUUUUGUAUUUAAUUCCAGCUGCUGCUUAAGCUUUUUCCCAGCCUUUUCAUAUGCAUGCUCCAAUCUAAUACUGGGGGAUAUCCUGUGCCUGUCUACUAAGAAGCAAAACACUUGGUCUGUUUUUGUACCAAGUAUUACAUAUUUGAAAAAAAAUCACUAAAAUUACCUUAGGUGCUCUCUGCAGUGAAUUCUAGAUACUAUAAUUUUAACCUUUGACUGCUCCUGUGCCCCACUCCUAGGUGUUUUGAGCAGAGGUCCUUGGCUCGAAAGCAAGAACUUGGGAUUAUAGCCAUUGUAUUGAUAAUGGGUUUUUGCAUGCAUGGGACCUAUGCUCUUUCAUCAUUUGUUUAUGUAUACCAAGUUUGGUCUCUUAUACUUUCCAUAAAAUACUGUUGAAAUGGAAAGCACCUGACGUGCAUUUGGACACUGAAACUGGGCAUGACAAUUUCAUAUAAGGGCUUCUGGUACAAUCCCAGCAAUUGAUUUCAAGUCAGGAAACACUAAUGAGAUCUUCUGUUUUCUGGUUGGCAUAGAGAAGCUAUUUUUUGUUGUGCUGGAAUUGGGUUUCACUUCUAAAUGUUAUCCAGUUUGUGCCAUUUUCUCUUAAUAGAUUGGGCUGAUUUUUGAGCUGCACUAUUAAUGUGAUAUUCACAAAGAUGGAUUUGUAUUCUAGAGAAAAACAAACAGGUUUGAUGUCGCUGUUCGGGUCUAUUUUUUUUCUUCAAUCAUCAACUGUUCAUCACUGGACCAGAUCUAUUAAAUAAAUUUCUGCUAUGAAAAGGCCAUUGGUUUCCACAUUCAGUAUAUCUUGGGCCUUUGUGUAAUGCAUUUGAAGAACAAUGCUUUCUUUAUAUCAGGGUUCUUCAAGCAUUUUUGCUGGAAUUACUCAUAAAACAUCUGAGUGUUCUUUAGCGUAAAUAAGAACUCUGAUUACAUAACAGGUUUUACAUGCACAACAAGCCUAUAGGAACUAUAUCUGAAUAUGGUAAGGGAGUGGUUAGAUGAAACAAAAAAAAAUGUUUUUGCCUCUCGUAAUAUCAUGAGAGAUUGCUGUUAAAACACCAGGAAAAAGAAUAAAGGUUUGGUAUUUUA